AUGUUGAGUCAGAGAGAAGAAGAUCUCGAGAAACUCGCCGAGACGUGCCUCGCCGCGGCCAAGCAGAUCAAGCAGUACCUCGCCGACAACAACCACCCACAGCCCAGUUUCGACGAGAAUGGGCCGUCGUCGUUCCCGCCCGCGACGCCCGACUUUCAACAGACCAGACUCGAGCUGCGCACGGCGGCCCGGCGCCUGUAUGAUCUGGCCUCGGGGCCGGACGAUAUUGUGACUUGGCAUCUCUAUCACUGUAACCAUGACCUCAACGCCUUCCGCUACGUGUACCGGUACAAAGUGGCCGAGGGGGUGCCCCUGGACGGCGGCACCAUCAGCUACCCGGACCUGGCGGGCAAGCUGGGCGUGGACGCGUCGCAGCUCAAGCAGAUGCUGCGGCAGCUGAUGCCGAUCCACGUGUUCCGCGAGCCGCAGCCGGGCCGGGUGGGCCACACGGCGUCGUCGCGGCUGCUGGCAACGCACGGCGGCAUCGCGACCUUCAUGGGGUUCCUGGCCGAGGACACGUUCCCGCUGUGCGCGCGGCAGGUCGACGCCCUGGAGAAAUGGGGCCACGGCCGCCCGGAGCCCACCCGCACCGCCCUCAGCUACUACUACGACACGGACCUGCCCUGCCACGACUACUACGAGACCAACCCGGCCGUGCGCGACCGGUUCGGCCGCCUGAUGACGCACCUGACGGCGAACCCGCUGAUGGCCAACGGCCACGUGGCGCGCGGGUUUGACUGGGGCAACCUGCCGCGCGACAGCGUCGUCGUCGACGUCGCCGGCAACGCGGGCCACUGCGCCGUGCCCAUCGCCGAGAGCACCGACCCCAGCGUGCGCAUCGUGGUCCAGGACCUGCCCAAGGUGGUGGCCGCGGCGCGGGACCCAGCCACCAGCGUUAUCCCCCAACACCUGCGCGCCCGCUUCGACUUCAUGGCCCACGACUACUUCACGCCGCAGCCCGUGCGCGGCGCCGCCGUCUACUUCCUGCGCAUGAUCGUCCACAACCACAGCGACGCCCUGGCCGUCAAGGUCCUGCGCCAGAUCGUCCCCGCCAUGACUCCGCAAUCGCGCAUCGUCAUCAUGGACCAGGUCAUGCCCCCCGCCGCGGGCCUGCUCCCGGAACCGCUCGAGCGCAUCAAACGCGCCCAGGACCUGCAGAUGAUGCUGCUCCUCAACGCAAAGGAGCGCGACGAGGCCGAGUGGGCCGACCUGAUGGCCCGCGCGGGCGAGGGGUUGGUCCAAGACGUUUUCGCCGCCGCCACGGGAGAGCCCGAUGCGGGCAAAAGCAAGAAAUUGGGCAUUGUGGCCGUGCGCACCCCGCCGGGCAGUAUGAUGAGUUUGAUCGAGGUCGGGUUCGUCGAUGAUGGUGCCCCCGAGGCUGAAGUCGUCGCGGAGGAUAAGACUCUUUGA